GAUGAGCCGAAGGUUAUGAUGGUGUGGUAGUAGUUAUUGUACUUUCCAGCGGGGUCACUGUUCUCUCCCCGUACACACAAGCGCGAGCAGCUCUAUAAAUUGAGCUUGUCCAAGGACGACAGUUCAGUUCACUGGUGGCUGGGACUAGAUCACAAAUCACAGGGAAGCAGUGGUAGUGGUACCUUGCAAUGGCGACGAACCCCGGCCUCUUCACCGAGUGGCCAUGGAAGAAGCUCGGCAACUUCAAGUACCUGUUGGUGGCGCCGUGGGUGGCGCACGGCGUCUACCUCGUGGCGACCAAGGGGUGGAAGGCGGCCGACCUGGGGUACAUGGCCAUCUUCCCGUCGCUGCUCCUCCGGAUGCUGCAGAACCAGGUGUGGAUCACCGUGUCGCGGCUCCAGAACGCGCGCGGCCGGCGGCAGAUCGUGGACAGGGGCAUCGAGUUCGAGCAGGUGGACCGGGAGCGCAACUGGGACGACCAGAUCCUCCUCAGCGGCAUCCUCAUGUACCUGGGCUUCAUGUACAUCCCCGGCGGGCAGCACCUGCCGCUGUGGCGCACGGACGGCGCCGUGCUCAUCGCGCUGCUGCACGCCGGCCCCGUCGAGCUCAUCUACUACUGGUUCCACCGCGCGCUGCACCACCACUUCCUCUACACGCGCUACCACUCCCACCACCACGCAUCCAUCGUCACCGAGCCAAUCACCUCCGUCAUCCAUCCAUUUGCUGAGCUCGUGGCAUAUGAACUACUGUUCUCGAUCCCAUUGUUUGUGUGCAUCUUCAAUGGAACUGCUUCCAUUCUUGCAUUUGUGAUCUACGUGAGCUACAUCGACUUCAUGAACAACAUGGGUCACUGCAACUUUGAAUUGGUACCCAAUUGGCUCUUCAAAUGGUUCCCUCCUCUCAAGUAUCUCAUGUACACACCCUCGUUUCAUUCUCUUCACCACACUCAGUUCAGGACAAACUACUCCCUGUUCAUGCCAUUCUAUGACUACAUAUAUAACACCAUGGACAAGUCAUCAGACACGUUGUAUGAAAAGUCACUCAAGGGCAAAGAAGAAACAGUAGAUGUGGUUCAUCUUACCCAUCUUACCAGCCUGCACUCCAUCUAUCAUAUGAGGCCCGGGUUUGCAGAAUACGCUUCUAGACCUUACGCUUCCAAGUGGUAUGUGCGGAUGAUGUGGCCCAUGUCAUGGAUUUCCAUGGUUCUGACAUGGACAUAUGGUUCUUCGUUUACUGUUGAGAGGAACGUCAUGAAGAAACUCAAAAUGCAAUCAUGGGCCAUCCCAAGAUACAGUUUCCAUUAUGGAUUGACUUGGGAGAAGGAAGCGAUCAAUAGCCUGAUUGAGAAGGCGAUAUGUGAAGCUGACAAGAAUGGAGCUAAAGUUGUUAGCCUCGGACUCCUUAACCAGGCACAUAACCUCAAUGGAAAUGGAGAACUUUAUCUUCAGAAGUAUCCAAAGUUGGGAGUAAGACUCGUAGAUGGCACCAGCUUAGCUGCUGCUGUGGUUAUGAAUAGUAUUCCUCAAGGCACAGAUCAAGUUGUUCUUGCAGGAAAUAUUUCAAAAGUUGCUCGUGCUGUUGCUACAGCAUUAUGUAGGAAGAAUAUCAAGGUAGUAAUGACCAACAAGCAGGAUUAUCAUUUCCUUAAGCCCAGCAUGGCAGAAGAUGCAGCUGAGAACCUUUUAUUUUCAAAGACAGCUACUGCAAAGGUGUGGUUAAUUGGGGAAGGUCUAGAUGCUUCUGAGCAGUUUAAGGCACAUAAAGGGACCCAGUUUAUCCCAUAUUCACAGUUUCCACCAAGAAUGGCACGCAAGGACACCUGCACCUACUCUAUAACGCCUGCAAUGGCUGUGCCUAAAACACUACAGAAUGUGCACUCCUGUGAGAACUGGCUGCCAAGGAGGGUCAUGAGUGCAUGGCGCAUUGCUGGAAUGGUUCAUGCGUUGGAGGGAUGGAACGAGCAUGAGUGUGGGGACAUCGUGCUAGACAUGGAGAAAGUGUGGUCUGGUGCUCUUCUGCAUGGAUUCCGCCCUGUGGCUCAAGUUUGAUUCUCCGGUUGCAAUUGCAAGGCAGCGCAAUAAGUUAUUGAAAGUUAUGUCAUAUGCUCAUGAGAAUUAUGCUACAGACAUAGUAGUAUGUUGAUGUUCUAUUCUCCAUGCUCUGCCUCUUAUCACUUUAAGACCUUCGCUAUCUAAAAUUUAAGAUGAACUCCUUUCGUGUAAAAGCAUUCUGUGGAAGCAGGAUAAAAAAAUUACAUGUCUAUAAUGAUAAGCAGGGAUGGGAUGUAGCAUAUAAGUGUUCUGAUCUACUGCUAGCUGUUUACUACUUUA